CAGUAGUUAGGCGUGUCCCAACAAGAACGCACUCUGGACGAAGCACGUGAUUUAGAAGCCAUGGUGGCACAAUCGCCAAUCGCAAGGUUUUUUGCGCCUUGCAAGAAAGAGACGGGCUCACCGCCACAAACUCCAGCCCAAAAGAUCACUGAGCCCAAACCUGAGAUGAGCAUAAAUGCAGAUGGAAUGAGCACUCCACCUUCUGUGCAGUCCAGAAAGCGCCUCCUGAUGAAGCAACCAGAGAGUCAAACCAAGAAAAUCAAAGAAGCAUCACCGCAGGAGAAGCACUUGGUGACAAACGCCUCAACCGAAGCUGUAGUAGGGGCUUUCCCACCAGCUGUCCAAUCACCAGAGGGAUCCAAGGAGGAAGUGAGAGCUGAACCGACGGGUGAGCCGAUGGAUUUGAGGGCAACUUUGCAGCGAGCUCAAACGUGUGCGCCGGGUUCGAUUCCAGCUUUCGUGGCUGAAUGCUUUCAUCAUUUUGAAACUGGUGGUGCCCAGUACAGUUGGCCUUUUUGGUUGAAGCCUGAGAACUUGAAAGACAUUCAGGGAUUGCGUCCCGCUGAUCCUGGCUACAACCCAAGCACUUUAUGGGUACCCGACCCCAUCCACGACAAGGCUGCUUACCAGAAUGCACAGGGCCAUAACACUCCAAUGCUGAUGCAGUAUUGGAAGCUGAAAUCUGCACACUUUGACAAGGUUGCAUUUUUCAAGGUGGGGAAGUUCUAUGAGAUCUUCUACUAUGAUGCCUUUAUUGCCCAGCGAAUCUGUGGCUUCAAAUGGAUGAGUCAAGAUAAGAAACCUCACGUGGGCUUUCCAGAAAUGGCUAAGCAUGAGUAUGCUAAGCAAAUCCUUGCAGCCGGUUUCAAAGUGGUUGUGGUGGAGCAGGUGGAACGGGUUGUUGAAACCAAUCAGAGGAAAAACGAGGGAAAGUCCCAGGGAAAGCAAGGUUCAGCACCUAUCUGCGUGGAGCGUGCGCCCUGUGAAAUCUUCACAAGUGGAACUUUGGUUGACCCAGAGCUUCUUGAGGGUCCUGGCGCUCGCUUUCUCGCAUACUUGCAUUUCGACCAUAGCCCGAAAAGACUGGAUUUUGCCUUGUGCUUGGUCGACUGCGCCACGUCGCAAAUACAAAUUGGUCGAUACACUGACGGCCCUGAUCGAAAUGUGCUUCGGACAUUGCUGGCCCAGGUGCAACCCAGUGAAGUUGUAUAUGAUGUUGGCAAUUUGCCAAGCGAGGUAGUGAAUUUCUUGAGGAAGUUGCCCUACCGCCCACAACUGUCCGUUGUCCGCGCUGGUGAAUGUGAGCUGUUAGCGGCCAGGAAUCGAUUGAGCAAGUACCGGGCAGAGCAUGCAGCGCAUGCUGUGUUCAACGAGGAAGUGGAAGCUCUUUUGUUGCAGGACAGUGCGGCCAUUGCAGCUGCAGGAUUGAUGGAAUAUUUGGCAACAGGUUUGCUGGCAGAUCGACUUUUGCCAGUGGCGCUUUGGACGGUCCUGGGCAGCUCGGGGAAUGCUGGUGGGGGACAGAGAAUGGUGUUGGAUGCUACAGCUCUUUCAGCAAUUGAAGUUGUUGAGACGCUAGAAGGCCGCCACGAUGGGUCCUUGCUCUCCUUUCUGGAUCAUACAAGCACUCCAAUGGGAUACCGCCUCUUGAGACAAUGGGUUUGUGCCCCGCUUUACGAUUUGGAUGACAUACAUCAGAGGCAGGACGCUGUUGAAUUCUUCAUUCAGCAUGGUGACCUCUCACAUCAGCUACGCACAUCUUUGAAGAAAUGCCUUUCAGGUGCCAAGAUACCGGUGGAUUUGGAGAGGGCCACGUCACGAAUUUGGAGCUAUGCGUUGCAAGCGGAGCGCAAAGCAGUCCUGUACGAGGAUGUGACCGCUCGGCGUUUGGGACAAUUCGUCGAGUUGAUGCAGGCCUUUGAAAUGUGCUACAACUUGUUGACAACUGCUUUGCCAGCAGCACUUCCUGGUCGUUUGGCCAGAGUGGCACGGUUACAGAAGAAUGGUGGAAGCUUACCAGAACUGAUGCCGACCAUUGUCCGGUUAAAGGGCAGCCUUGUCGAGACAUCCAAUGAAAAAGGACGAGUGAAGUAUAGGCCACAAGACGGUGCUGACGCUGUCUAUGAUGACAAGUGCAGGAAGAUUGAAAUGGUAACAUCUGAGCUGGAUACAGAACUGCAGAAUGUCCGUCAACGAUAUCCGAAGGUGGGUUUUUCUUUCAUGCACCGACUUCCUGGCUACCGCUAUGAAGUGGAGUGUGAUGAGCAGGCGAUUGGAUCCAACGCAAAGAAUCUGGACGUCACCUACCGAAGCAAAGGUAAACUUCGCUUUUAUACGCCCAAGAUCAGGGAGUUGAUUGCGCAGUUGGAACAUUUGGAAGACGAGCGAGAGGACUGCAUUUUUCCUUUCCUCUCGAAGCUCUUCCGGGAGUUUCACUCACACCAGGCUGCUUUUCGUACACUUAUCAGAUGUGUGGCUGAAGUGGAUGCCUUGCUGUCAUUGGCAUUUGCGUCAUGGAAUCUGAGUGGUGCGUCUUGUAAAGCAGAACUGGUGCAACUAGAUGCUUCAGAGCCUGCUUGCAUUGAGCUUCGGGGCUGUCGGCAUCCAGUUGUGGCAAGCAAAAUGGGGAACGCUUUUGUCCCCAAUGACACGCUGCUGAACUCCUGUGGUGUGCCAGGCAUUUUGAUUGUGACUGGGCCCAAUAUGGGUGGCAAGUCCACCGUCCUGCGGCAGACUUGCGUGGCAGUACUUAUGGCGCAACUUGGUUGCAGAGUCAAUGCGGAGAAGUGCAAGCUCAGCCCUGUGAAGCGCAUUUUCACACGUAUUGGUGCCUAUGAUGCUGUGCUAGAAGGAAAGAGCACGUUGCUUACUGAGCUGGAGGAGACUGCAGCCUUGCUGAAACAUGGUACCCCUCGGAGCUUGGCGGUGCUGGAUGAACUUGGGCGUGGGACUGCUACAUUUGAUGGUGCGGCUAUUGCUUCCGCAGUGUUGACGGAGCUUAAGAGUCAUGUGUGCUGUCCUGUCCUAUUUGCAACACAUUAUCAUCCAGUCUCCAAAAAGGCGGUGGAGGACACCACAAGAGUUGCCCCAUUUCAUAUGGCUGCUUCGGUCAACCAGCAGACGAAUGAGACGACUUUCCUCUACAAAUUCCUUCCUGGGCUUUGUCCUGCAUCCCAUGGCCACAACGUGGCCAAAAUCGCAGGUUUGCCGGAGAAGGUCUUGGCUGAAGCGCGGAAACGCUCUGCCGAGUUUGAAGACUGCAGUGACCUUGAGGAGUUGGUCAGAUGUGCUGCUCAAGGCGAAGCAGCGCUAAAGGAUUUCUUCAGACGCAGAACAAAAUGCUGAGGCAGCAAGUCAGUUGGCAAUCCAAAGCAAGCGGCUUUAUCGAGUUUUUCUUAUUCGAGGGUUGUGCCCAGUGUAUUUAGCAUUGGGAAUAGUUUCACGCGGGAAAUGUGGGAAGCAUGCUGGACUCCUGACAUGCAAGUGGGGCAGGGUGUGCGGAAAAGGGCCGAAAAGAA